AUGGCAAAUGGUGAAAAGAGGUUGAUUCCGGAGGACAGAAUGGAGAAAAGGAAAGUUUCUAAGCGGCGACAAACGGGCACAACAGCGAAGGACGAUAUUGAGCUUUUUCAAUCACCGCCAAAUUCGCCGAAAUUAGCGCCAAAAUCAUCACAUUUGACAUCCUCUCUGGAGGCUCCAUCUCAACUACAGACACCUUUUUCUUCUCCUCCGUCCUCACGUCCAUCAUCUCCUAAUCCUUCAGAUUCAUCAUGUUUUACAUCUUUGCCUAUUUCUCGCCCUUCAACUCCAUAUUUCAAAGAAACCAGUACUGAUGUCACUAUCAUAACCAUAGUCUCCCGUGAUCAUAAUUUUGUAGACGAAGAUUUUGUUAGAGAUUCAUUGUAUCAGCAGAAUUUAAAAUCCGUUUCUCAGCAUUCGACUAUUAAUAUUAUUAAUAGCUCGAUACCACCAUGUACAAGGUGUCCUCCAGAAAUAAUAUAUCAUAUUUUUGAAAUAUUACGCAAUUUGCACCAGCCAUCUUUAUUUUCUUGCAUUCUUGUCAAUCAUCAAUGGAACGCCAUAGGAGCCAACGUUCUUUGGAGUUCCCCCAAAUUUACUCACAUGCGUUCACUUGACAAAUUCAUAAAAACUAUAGAAAAUUUACCGUCAUCCCAACAAUCUUCAUCAACGACAUCAUUAAUAUUUCAUCCUUACGCAGCUUAUAUUCGCACUCUAGUUUUAACAUAUCUCACAGAACAUGAUCGCAACAAUUCUUCUCUGGCUUCACAUCUUCUUCGCCUUCUUCCUCUCAUUCAUAUGGAAAACCUUCACACACUUAACCUUAGCUUUGUUAAAGGCAUAACAAAUAGUUAUCUCACCAAAUUGUUAUCUCCAUUUUUUAAUUGUAUACGUACCUUGAAUCUUGCCGGUGGUUCACGUUCAGACACUUGCCUCUCAUCUAUCAUUCCACAUUGUCAUCAAAUCCAACACCUUUCGCUUGCAUGGAAUACAUCACUUUCGGACGCAUCAAUUAACAAAAUAGCAAGUGUGUGUGGCGAUAGGCUACGUACACUUGAUUUGACAAAUUGUGAAAAGGUUAGCGAUAGAUCAAUGUCAUCAAUUGCAAAAUAUUGUAUAAAAUUACGGGAAUUGAGAGUUAGCUAUUGUCGUGGGGUUAGUGAAAUUGGCGUUAAAUCUGUAAUCGAAGGUUGUGAAGGAUUGAAAUUAUUAGAUCUUGUUGGUUGUUUGGGAGUAGAUAGAUGUUUCUUGUUGAAAUGUAAUGAAGAAUUUGAAUUGGGGAGACUUGACUUAAGAGUUGUUUACAGAAGGGCAGCUGAAGGUGCACCUUCGUGGGUUGAAGAAAACUAA